AUGUUGUUAAAAACAUUAAAAAUAUUUUAUGAAAAAAAAGAAGAUUAUCGAAUCGAAGAUAUACCUGGAGUAAGAGAAAGUACAAAAAGGGGGCUUUCUUGGUUGCUUAAGCAACGAAGAUCAGAUUGGGGUUGGGGAAAGGACACCAGUCGAGCCAUUGUCACACUUCGUCUUUCCGAUAGUCUGAAUUUCGAUCUAAAUGAAAGUCAAUUAAUGUUAAAGCAACUAAAACUUCAACUUUCUGCAACUUUACUCACAAAGAGCGUAGAAGAUAUCGAGGCAUACGAAAUAGCAUCCUACGUACAUUCGUUACUGGCAAUUUGUUCUGAUCCGAGAAACUUUCAAGGGUACGAUUUAGUUGAAUUAUUGAAAGAAAAAAUAAAAAAGACAAAAUCAAUUAAUCCGAUGGUUGCAUUGGCAAUUUGUAAUUCAAAUCAAACUCUUUCGUCACGGCAAAAAAAAAAUUACAAGAAAGUGCAAAUAGAAGGUUAUCGAAUCGAAGAUAUACCUGGAGUAAGAGAAAGUACAAAAAGGGGGCUUUCUUGGUUGCUUAAUCAACGAAGAUCAGAUUGGGGUUGGGGAAAGGACACCAGUCGAGUCAUUGUCACACUUCGUCUCUCCGAUAGUCUGAAUUUCGAUCUACAUGAAAGUCAAUUAAUGUUAAAGCAACUAAAACUUCAACUUUCUGCAACUUUAUUCACAAAGGGCGUAGAAAAUAUCGAGGCAUACGAAAUAGCAUCGUACGUACAUUCGUUAUUGGCAAUUUGUUCUGAUCCGAGAAACUUUCAAGGGUACGAUUUAGUUGAAUUACUGAAAGAGAAAAUGGAAAAGACAAAAUCAAUUAAUGCUAUGGUUGCAUUGUCAAUUUGUAAUUCAAAUGAAACUCUUUUGUCACGGCAAGUAAGAAAAUUAGAAGAAACUGCAUUAAUAAUAAAGAAUUCACCAUACUCGAUAGAUACUCGGUCGUAUGCUAUUAUGGCUUUGUGGUGUAUGGAAAACCGAAUUAAAUUAUAUCAAAUAAACUCUUCCACGGAUGAAACUUUUAAGUAUAAUAGAAAAAUUCCAUCCUUUAGCGCAAUAACAGAGCAAUUAACGACGUUACAGAAUGAAGACGGUAGCUUCGGAAAUUUGCACACAACUGCCAUUUUAAUGCACGCGCUAUUUUCCGUGGAUUUAAACUUCAGCAUCGCGGAAGAACAAAUUGUAACGAAAGCCAUUAAUUAUAUCAUUUCGCAACAAAACCAAGACGGAUCCUUCGGGGAUAGUUUGGCAACUUACUUAAUACUUCCAAUACUGAAUAGAAAAACAUUUGUCGAUUUGGGAAAAUUAAAAUGCUCCAUGGUCGAACCACGUUGGUAUCUGAAUUUCUUUUGGUAUUUACAGUUUCCAGUUACAAUGCAGGAAGAAAUCGAUUCUAAAAAACUCCCGAAGCACCGUGUUAGCUACUUUAUUUUCGUUGGACAAGACAAAGAUAUCAUUUUUAAUAUUUUAUUGAACGUUCCCGUUAAUUCGACGUUUUACGACGUCAUGCGAUUAGCUUCAGAAUUAGAUAAUAAAUUUCGAUUUAAAUAUAAUGAUUAUACUUGGGGAAAAUAUAUAUAUAUGAUAUUCGGCCUAGUCAAUGAUCCCGAAAAAAAAACUUACUGGCAACUUUAUAAAAAAGUCGACAAUUCGACAAUCUAUUUUGAACAAUCACCCGAUAAAGUGAUUCCUGAAGAGAACGAUGUAUACGUUUACUGGUAUAAACCAUUGAACGACUAA